GCUUACUUUACCAAUGGGCCUGAGAUCUCUUUCUCUCUCUCUCUAGAUUCAUCUAUCUCGCAAAGCUUCUUCGCUUUCCCUCGUAUGACUGUGGAAAUCAAAAUUAUAGGUAGCGGAAGGAAACCAACAAUUAUGGAGUCGUUGGUUCGAGUUGAUCGGGCUCGCUUAGAAACAACCCUAACUCCGGGGGCGAUGUGCAGUCGCAGAGUUUGGUCACACUCCACUCCCUCAGUGACCGUCACUGAACUGGAUCUGGUGAGAGGUGUCUUACAAGCUAUGCAAGGCCUGUCUAGCCCCGUCAUUGUCUGGGACCAAACUAGACAGUCUUUCCUCGCUAGAGCCAACGAGAUUCGCGUCUCUCAUUUGUCACGGGCAAGCCUUCAUGCCCUUCUCGCUCCUUUUUUGUAUGCCGCAACAUGUUUGAAGCUCGUCGAGUCUAUCCUCGCUGGAAUUAGCAAUAACUCUCCUCCUACCUUAAUGGCAUUUUCUAACUCUGCCUCUGCCUGGCUCCAGAAACUCAGAGACAUUUCUUUGAACGAGGAAGUGAAGAUCAACGACUCUAGUCUUACUGCCACUCCAACCCUCUUGGGAUUAACUAGUUCUUUAUCUAGUCUGUGUUCAGGUGCUGAAUACCUUUUGCAAGUUGUGCGAGGUGCCAUCCCUCAUGCGUAUUUUGAUCCAAGUUAUACUAUUUCCACUGCUGAAGUUGCUGUCCACGUUCUUGAUUUCCUUUACAUUAAGUUGGAUCAAGUAUGCCUUGUCCAAGGUGGUGAGGUGGAAGGAUUUCACAUGCUGCUGCAAAUCUUCGCUGGAACUUUAUUGCCUUAUAUAGAGGGUUUGGAUUCAUGGUUGUUUGAGGGAACUCUUGAUGAUCCUUUUGGAGAGUUGUUUUUUACAGCCAAUCAAUCCGUCUCUGUCAACGAUGCAGAGUUUUGGGAGAAAAGUUAUAUGUUAAUGAAGGUGCCGGGCCCAAAGUCAAGUGAAAAGAAAGGACUGAGUGGAACUGACUCCAGUUCAGUUUCUGACAAAGAGCAGAACAAUCGGGUGCUAUGCCCAUUAUUCUUAAAAGACAUCUCUAAAUCGAUUGUUUCUGCUGGGAAGUCAUUGCAGCUGAUGCAGCGUAUUCCUUCCACGUCUUCAGAGAUUCAGUGCCAUGGGAGAAAUUGUGUUGGGAAUUCUACACUACCGGCGAAAUACAACAAUAGUAGGAGCACUGCAGACUUAUCCUUGUCUGAAAUCUUUUGUCUAACGCUUGCUGGCCUUAUAGGCCAUGGUGAUCACGUCUCUAGAUAUCUGUGGAAAGAUGAGGCGGAUGAGUGGGAGAUUUCUCCAACUUUAGCAUCAUAUAUAGGUGUAGAGCUGGGGAGUGACAUGGUUGACAAAGAUCUUCCAGUUCUCACGGGCUCAGAGCGAAUGUGGUAUAAGUUGUUGGUCGGUGCGGUGCAAGAGAAAAGAGCUAUGGAGGCCAAAUCAGAACACCAGAAUGCAUGUUAUUUUACUGGUGUGAAGGAGGGAAAAAAUAGCCUCACUGUCAAAAAGGCAUUGCAGGGUUUAUUUUGUCAUGAAAACCCUGUUGUUUCAGUAUCGAAAAUGGAUCUUGAGAGGAAUGAAAAUGCUUGGGAUGUCUUGAACUUAUCACAUAACUACUGUCUACCCGCUCUAAAUGAUGAAAGUUUGUUGAGUGCUGUUUUUGAGGGAUCUGGCGUGGCAGAUGCUGGAUUGGGCGGCACAAACUACAAAUUUGGAUUCCAAUUUGGUAGAUCUGAAUAUCUUUCUUCUCAGGAUGACACCGACGUUCUUGAAACGUUGUUUCCCUUUCCCACUUUGCUUCCGUCAUUCCAGCCGAAGCUCCAUAUGUCAGAGUUCCUACCUUUCCAAAAGAAUAGUACACUUCUUUCAAAAGUUCUCAGCUGGAUGCUGAAGGCAGAGCCAAGGGAUGCUCCGCUUCCUGUUGUAAUAAUGCAAGAAUGCUUCACAAUCUACAUCAGGAGGCAGGUGGACUAUAUUGGCAAAAUGAUUUUGUCAAAACUAAUGAAUGAUUGGAAAUUGAUGCACGAACUUGCAGUGUUGCGUGCCAUUUACUUGUUAGGUUCAGGGGACCUUCUGCAGCAUUUUCUGACUGUCAUAUUCAACAAGUUGGGCAAGGGAGAGUUAACAAAUGAUGAUUUUGAGUUGAACAUAAUCCUUCAGGAAUCAAUUAGAAAUUCAGCUGAUGCCAUGCUGUUAAACAGUCCUGAUUCGUUGGUGGUAUCUAUUUCCAGAGAAGGUUGUUUAGACAAAGACAAAGAUGACAAGGGUGAUGUAGUACCCCUUUCUUCCACUCGUAAAAACCGUGUUAACAACUUUGGGAUAGACUGCCUCGAGUCUCUCAAAUUCACAUACAAGGUGCCAUGGCCGCUUGAGCUUAUUGCCAAUAGUGAGGCCAUUAAGAAGUAUAACCAGGUGAUGGGAUUUUUGCUGAAGGUCAAACGAGCAAAAUAUGUGCUUGAUAAAGCACGACGGUGGAUGUGGAAGGGUAAAGGCUCUGCAACAAAAAUCCGUAAGCACCACUGGUUACUGGAACAAAAGCUACUCAAUUUUGUGGAUGCUUUUCAUCAAUACGUAAUGGACAGGGUAUAUCACACAGCAUGGCGCGAACUGUGCGAAGCAAUGGUAAAAGCAGGGUCUCUAGACGAGGUCAUAUAUGUACAUGAGACCUACUUGUUAUCGAUUCAGAGGCAAUGCUUUGUGGUUCAAGAAAAGCUGUGGGCAAUCAUCGCAAGUCGGAUCAACAUGAUUCUCGGAUUAGCUCUGGAGUUCUACUCGAUACAACAGACACUGAGCAGCGGUGGAGCAGUCUCAGCAGCGAUCAAGGCUAGAUGCGAAAUGGAAAUAGACCGCAUUGAGAAACAAUUUGAAGACUGCAUAGCUUUCCUCCUUAGAGUACUGUCUUCGAAGCUGAAUGUGGGACACUUUCCUCAUUUGGCUGAUUUAGUGACCAGAAUCAAUUACAAUUAUCACUAUAUGUCCGACACUGGAAGCUUGAUGACUGUUUCUGGAGCAGAGACCAGCUCAUCUAGAACAUGAACUGCCAAAUAUGAUGUCUGAAUCGACCAAUCUGAGACGGGGGGAAAUCUUUGGAUGGUCUCAGACUUUUUCUUCAGUUCUUUCAUAGUAGCUUUCAAAGAUUUUAAAAUAGAUAUGAUUGUAAGAUGUGGUGAAUGCAUUAUUAGCUCAAGACAUUUCCAGUUUGUAUAUGUUUUAUGUGCUUCUGAUGUUUGAAACUCAAA